UCCCCCGGAAGUUGUUUUUCUUCUUCGUGGCAGGAGGAGACUGUUGCUGAGUGCCACGUUGAUGGAGACCAGUGGGGACGUGGAAAUCUGUCUUGAGUCUGUAGUCGGGACCCGGUAGCCCCUUCUGUUUUUACAACUCCUAAUUCCGAAAGAGGAACCUGUACGGGCGGAGGAGUGUUUGUCACCUAUUUUAUGUGUGUGUUCACGUAAGAGGGAGCAAAGAAGGGAAGGAUGAAACUUAAAGAGAUCAACCGCACAGCCAUCCAGAGCUGGAGUCCUGCACAGCACCACCCCAUCUACCUUGCUACAGGAACAUCAGCCCAGCAGCUGGAUGCCUCCUUCAGCACCAAUGCCUCCUUGGAGUUUUUCGAGCUGGACUUGACGGAGCCAUCUCUGGACAUGAAGUCAUGUGGCACCCUCUCCUCCUCCCAGAGAUACCACAAAUUGGUAUGGGGUCCCUAUGGAAUGGACGGCGAAGGUAACCCAUCUGGGGUCCUUGUUGCAGGAGGCGAUAACGGCAACGUCAUCCUGUACGACGCCGCAAAGAUCAUGGCUGGAGAGAGCGACGUGAUCAUUGCUGAGAGUGACAAGCACACAGGGCCAGUGAGAGGUCUCGACGUCAACCCGUUCCAGACAAACCUGGUUGCAUCAGGUGGGAAUGAUUCUGAAAUCUAUAUCUGGGACAUGAAUAACUUUGGCUCUCCAAUGACACCAGGACCUAAAACUCAGCCUCUGGAGGACAUCAGCUAUGUGUCGUGGAACAGACAGGUCCAACACAUCCUGGCCUCUGCCAGCCCCAGUGGACGAGCCUCAGUGUGGGACCUCCGCAAGAACGACCUCAUUAUUAAAGUUAGCGACCACAGCAACAGAAUGCAUUGCUCCGGGCUUGCUUGGAACCCAGAAGUGGCCACUCAGCUGGUCUUGUCCUCGGAGGACGACAGACUGCCGGUCAUCCAGAUGUGGGACUUACGUUUUGCUACCUCUCCUCUCAAGAUUUUAGAGAAUCACACACGGGGUGUCCUGUCCAUCGCCUGGAGCUUGGCUGAUCCCGAGCUGCUCCUGAGCUGCGGGAAGGACAAUAGGAUUCUGUGCUGGAACCCAAACACAGCCGAGGUGCUGUACGAGCUGCCCACCAACAGUCAGUGGUGCUUUGACAUCCAGUGGUGCCCCAGAAACCCCGCGGUGCUGUCGGCUGCAAGCUUCGACGGACACAUCGACAUCUAUUCCAUCAUGGGGGGCACCAACCAGGCGCAGAGCCAGAGACACGCUGACCAGAUUAGCAACUCGUUUGGGAACAUGGAUCCUUUCGGUACAGGGCAAAUCUUGCCCCCGCUGCAGCUGCCUCCGACUCCUGCUACUCCAGUGACAGUCAACCCCCUGAAGAAGCCGCCCAAGUGGAUCCGCAGACCUGUAGGAGCCUCGUUUGCUUUUGGUGGGAAGCUGGUAUCUUUGGAGAACACAAAGCCGAACCCGCAGCAGCCUCAGCAGCCCGCUUCGCACGUUGUACACAUCAGCCAGGUUGUUACAGAAACGGGCUUUUUGAAGCGCUCCGAUCAGCUGCAGGCCACUCUGAGGGGAGGCAGCUUUGUGGAUUUCUGCCAGGAAAAGAUUGAUGGAGCAGAAAACGAGUUUGAAAAGACUCUUUGGUCUUUCCUCAAGGCUAAUUUCGAAAGCGAUAUCCGGAGCAAGUACCUGGAACUUCUCGGGUACAACAAGGAGGAGCUAGCGUUAAAGAUUUCAGCAGCACUAGAGGAAAAGCCUGCUGAACCUCCACAGGUGGAGGUGCCCGCUCCAGCCAGCCUGCAGCCUUUACCAGACCUCAGCCUCAUGCCGCCUGUUGACGAUCCCGAGGCAGUGUUCGACAUGAUUGCCGCCGCAGUCGCGCCGCCUGCUGAAACUCCUGAGGCAGUAUUCGACAUGAUCGCCGCCGUAGUCGCGCCGCCUGCUGAAACUCCGGAGGCAGUGUUCGACAUGAUUGCCGCAGCAGUCGCGCCGCCCACUGAUAAUUCAGAGGCAGCGUUCGACUUGAUUGCCGCCGCAGUCGCGCCGCCUGCUGAAACUCCAGAGGCAGCGUUCGACAUGAUUGCCGCCGCAGUCAUGCCGCCUGCUGAUAAUUCAGAGGCAGUGUUCGACUUGAUUGCCGCCGCCGCGGUCCCGCCACCUGCUGACAACCCAGAGGAAGCGUUCGACAUGAUUGCUGCAGCAAACCUUCAGCCAGCAGCCACGAUGGAACUAGACUCCGUUCUUGACCCUGAGACUGAAGAGCCAGCAGCGGCAGAGCCAGAAGACGCUCCUACCAGCCAACCAGACGAACAUGCGGACCAGGUUCUCUCCGAGGAGAUCCCCUUGGAUGAGGAGGAGAUUGCCGCACCAGUGGAGGAGGAACCCUGUCCUGCUGAAACCUCAGCUCCAGUCGAGGAGCCUACUGAGGUUCCAGCUGCUGCUGCUGCUGCUCCAACUCCUGCUGCUCUAACUCCUACUACUGCUCUAACUCCUGCUGCUGCUCCAACUCCUACUCCUACUCCUACUCCUACUCCAACACCAGCCCCAGCUCCAACUCCAGCACAAACAGAAGGAGUCAGUCUCAGCAUCAGUCAAGAUGUGGACGGGCUGAUCACGCAGGCCCUGCUGACCGGAGACUUUGAGGGAGCUGUGGAGCUCUGUCUCCAUGACAACCGAAUGGCAGACAGCAUCAUCCUGGCCAUCGCCGGAGGAUCCGAUCUCUUAGAGAAGACCCAGAAGAAGUAUUUUACGAAGACGCACAGCAAAAUAACCAAGCUGAUCAGUGCAGUGGUGAUGAAAGACUGGCUCGACAUCCUGAAGACGUGCGACCUGCAGAACUGGAAGGAGGCUCUGGCUGCUGUCAUGACCUACGCUGAGCCGGAGAAAUUCUCUUCCCUCUGUGACCUUCUUGGGAGCAGACUGGAGGCAGCAGUGGAUGCCAGACUGCAAGCCCAGGCCUGUCUGUGUUACAUCUGUGCUGGAAACGUGGAGAAACUUGUGUCAUGCUGGACCAGAGCACGACACGGACACUGUCCACUCUCUCUCCAGGACUUGGUGGAGAAGGUGGUGGUGUUGCGGCGUGCAGUAGAGCAGACCCAGCGCUCUGGUCCCGCUGCUAUUGGCAUCCUGCUGGCUGAGAAGAUGAGCCAGUAUGCCAACCUGCUGGCCUCCCAGGGCAGCCUGUCCACCGCCAUCACCUUCCUGCCCAACAACACCAACCAGGUUUCCGUUCAGCAGCUUCGUGACCGUCUCAGUCGCGCUCUGGGGCAGCAAGUGGCAGCCGCUCCCGCAGCUCCUGCUGCUCCUGCAGCUCCGGUACAAACCCAGAGAGUUCAGUCUCAGCCGCCUGCCCAGACUCUGGCUCGGCCUGGCUCGGCCAUGCCCCGGCAUCCGUUCACCCCGAUCCAGCCCGCCAUGGUGCCUCAGCCCCGUGCAGCAGCAGCUCCGGUGCCCAUGCCCACAUCUGCUGCCGCCGCACCAGCUCACCCGCAGUAUUACCAGCCAGUCAGGGCUGCCUCUACUGUCACCUCCUGGAGUAACCAAACUCCCACAGCUCUCCCCAAUGUCCCUCCUCCUCCUCAAGUAGGCAGAGCCUCAGAGCAGCAGGUGGAGCCUUUAAACCCCAUGUACGCGAUGCCCCCCUCCUGCUCAGAUGCUCCAUCUCCAGUCUCAUCCACUCCCGCAUACAUGUACUCCCAUCAGUACCAGCCCUACCCCCAGGUACACCAGUACCCACCUGGAGCUGGGGGGGCGCCUUUCUAUCAGCCUCUUCAGUACUCCUCUGCUGCUGCCGUUCCUCCCGCAGACCCCCCCGGCUUUCACUCUCAGUACACACAGCCACAAUCUCCGGUCUAUCCUGGACAACCUCCCAACAGCCAGUGCCUGUCCUCCUCUCCUUCCUCAUAUACUCCUUUCUUUCCGACCUCCUCUUCCUCCUUUUCCGCUCCUCUGCCCUCCGGAGCAUCUUUCCAGCAUGGCGGGCCAGGAUCUCCUGUGUCGUACAUGCCUCUUCCUCCGCCGAUCGGAGUCCCAGGGCCUCAGAAUGGCUGGAAUGACCCUCCGGCUCUGAGCAGAGCAUCAAAGAAGAAGCCAGUUGCAAUGAACUACACCCCUCCUAUCCCCAUCACUGCGCCCAUCAUGGCGCCGCUGGGCGCUGACUCUCAGGCUCAGCCGGUGUCUUCUGGAGCCCAUCAGGUUAUGGGCCAGGGCCCGCACGGUGCCCAGGUCCACUACUCGGGCAUGCAGCAGCACCAGCACUCUACUCCACCCAUGAACCCUGCAAUGCCCAAGACCAGUAUGGAGGGCGCACCAGGAGCACCUACUGGAGAUGUUAUACAGCCACUGCAGUCCAUCCCUGCUGAGAAGAUCAUGAAGAAGCCCAUCCCCGACGAGCACCUUGUCCUGAAGACCACAUUUGAGGGGCUCAUCCAGAAGUGCUUGGCUGUAGCUAUGGACCCUCAAACUAAGAGGAAGCUCGAUGAUGCCAACAAACGUCUGGAAGCGCUCUAUGACAAACUGAGAGAGCAGACCCUCUCUCCCGCCAUUGUUGGGGGACUUCACAACAUAGCCAGGAGUAUAGAGUCUCGAUGCUACACGGAGGGCCUCACCAUCCACACCCACAUAGUCAGUAACAGCAACUUCAGCGAGACGUCAGCGUUCAUGCCCGUGCUCAAGGUGGUGCUGACGCAAGCCAACAAACUCGGGGUGUGACCGGGCAGAAACUCCUCCCCGAGUCUUCGGACGACGGAGGGUGAGCGGUCGGUGGUCGAGCUCCAUUUUGUGACUCGGAAACGCAAAUGACGAAGAAUUCUGAGAUGUAUGAAAAAAUCCUGUUAAAUUCUUCUUUGUGCCAUUCAUGUUUUCUGACGCAACCCAAACACAAGCCAUGCUAUCAGUCGCACUCGCUGGUGAAAGUAACUUCUGAGCUCACAAUGAAUAAAGGGCUGGAGUCUAAUUAAUAAUAAGCAAGCAACGCAUAGGGAAGGCGCAGCUUUAGCAUAUUGGAUAUGGAAAUAAAUCUAAAUAUUUAUAUGGAGUUUAUAGACAUCGAAAGUAGGAAAAGCAACUGGAGAUUCAGAAAUGUUAAGUGAAUUUCUAUCUACUUGUGUUGAGAUGAUCAAAAUAAUUAGUAUGUUUCAAUUUCAAUGAUUGUGGUAUUAAGCGCAGGCUGCUGAUGUAGCAGUGCAGCAUGCUUUCUCACAGCUGCGCUUCACGCAAGAAAUACAAGCUUGCUUAUCUUUAUAGUCUUUCGAUAUUUGUGCACUACACUAAUGCUCAGAUACCUUUCUUAGAAUCGUAAAAACGUAGAGUUUUCUCUUAAAAGUACAAAAUCUUGCUUUAUUUUUACAUGUAAAUGCAUCGUGGUCUGCAUGCAUUUUGCACCGGACCUGCAAAUGAAGCAGUUCAGAGAAGAUGGAGACAGAAUGUGGAUUAAUAUUAGAAGAAGAAGAAGAAGAAGAAGAAACUGGGCAUUAGAUUUUAAAACCAGUAAUUCCAUUUAAAAGAAUUUAAAGCUAAAUUGAAGAUUUUUAAUGUACCUAAUAGGACUUUUGUUAGUUCUCUAAAACACUCUUCCUGCUUUUACUGGCUUACUUUCACCACGGGUGUCACUACAUACAACACAUUGGACCAAUUGUCAGUGUGGGAUAUGUCACUGCAAAGCAAUGCAGUCCCAUUUGUUGACGUUUUAAUGUUUUAUUUCAUUUUGUUAAUUCUUGUUUUCAGUGUAAUCAUGAGGCUCAGCAGAGUGCAAUGACCUUUUUUUUUUUUUAAAGAGACUGUGCUUUUAUGGAAUUUUAAAGUAUGCAUGCUUAAACAAAUGCUAACAGUUGUCUUUAAUGGCAUUGGAGGUAAUUAUCGGCUAAUGAAUCAGACCUCAGAGGGAAACUGGAAGGAGACUUGUACUUGAUAUUCAUUCCAACUAUGAUGAGGACUGAAGUCUGAGUGGUCAACCUCAGUUUAUGUUGUUCAUAAAGGAAAACAAGUCUUUGUUUAAGAUUGACUACAUGCAAUAUUUUCAAUAAAUAGUAUUUAUUUACAA